CUCGCGGGCUGUGGCCACGCGCGGCGGUUCCGCUUCCCCCUCCGGCUCCUGCUGCCGCCGCCGCCUCGGUGGGUCCCGCCGCCAUUGCAGAGGCGCCGUGUGGCGGCCGCGCCCCGCUCAGCCCGUCCGUCCCCCCGCCGCGGCGGCAGGCGCCGCCCCGCCCCGGCCCGUGCUUUCACUAGCUGUUGAGAACCAUGUCUGACAACGGAGAAAUGGAAGACAAGCCGCCAGCUCCUCCCGUCCGGUUGAGCAGCACUAUCAUUAACUUAGGGAGCAAAGACCAGUUGUUUGCCAACCACAGCUUGAAGCCCCUGCCAUCUGUACCAGAAGAAAGAAAACCUAGGAAUAAAAUCAUCUCCAUAUUCUUUGUCACUGAAAAAGGAAGCAAGAAGAAGGAAAAGGAAAGGCCAGAAAUCUCCCCACCAUCAGAUUUUGAGCAUACCAUCCACGUUGGCUUUGAUGCUGUGACUGGAGAGUUCACUGGAAUGCCAGAGCAAUGGGCUCGGCUGCUUCAGACCUCAAACAUCACAAAACUAGAACAGAAGAAGAACCCCCAGGCGGUACUAGAUGUGCUCAAAUUCUACGACUCCAAGGACACAGCAAAACAGAAGUAUCUGAGUUUUUCUGCUCCAGAAAAAGAUGGUUUCCCUUCAGGAACAGCAAUGACCAAUGCCAAAGGUUCAGAACCAUCAACAACUGUGGCAGAUGACGAUGAGGAUGAUGAAGAAGUUCCUCCUCCUGUUAUUGCUCCGCGGCCAGAUCACACAAAAUCGAUUUACACGCGGUCUGUGAUUGACCCCAUCCCCGCCCCGGCCGGCGACACCGCAGUGGACAGUGCGGCCAAGUCAGGGGAUAAGCAGAAAAAGAAGACCAAGAUGUCGGAUGAAGAGAUCAUGGAAAAACUACGCACUAUUGUGAGCAUAGGAGAUCCCAAGAAAAAAUACACCAGAUAUGAAAAAAUUGGGCAGGGGGCUUCAGGUACAGUUUUCACAGCCAUCGAUGUGGCAACAGGGCAGGAGGUUGCUAUUAAACAGAUAAACCUACAGAAACAGCCCAAGAAGGAGUUGAUUAUUAAUGAGAUCUUGGUAAUGAAGGAGCUAAAGAACCCCAACAUAGUGAACUUCCUGGACAGUUACCUCGUAGGAGAUGAAUUGUUUGUGGUGAUGGAGUAUCUAGCUGGAGGCUCACUAACAGAUGUGGUCACAGAAACAUGUAUGGAUGAAGCACAGAUCGCUGCGGUUUGCAGAGAGUGCUUGCAAGCCCUUGAGUUCCUACAUGCCAACCAAGUCAUCCACAGAGACAUCAAGAGUGACAACGUGCUGUUAGGAAUGGAUGGAUCAGUUAAACUAACCGACUUUGGUUUCUGUGCUCAGAUCACCCCAGAGCAGAGCAAACGCAGCACCAUGGUGGGAACUCCCUACUGGAUGGCUCCUGAGGUGGUCACCCGGAAAGCCUACGGCCCUAAAGUGGAUAUCUGGUCUCUGGGCAUCAUGGCUAUCGAGAUGGUGGAAGGAGAGCCCCCAUACCUCAACGAAAACCCCCUGAGGGCUUUGUAUUUGAUAGCAACUAACGGCACCCCAGAGCUGCAGAACCCCGAGAAGCUGUCCCCGAUAUUCCGGGAUUUCCUGAACCGGUGUUUGGAGAUGGACGUAGAGAAAAGAGGAUCAGCCAAAGAGUUGCUACAGCACCCCUUCUUGAAACUGGCCAAACCUCUGUCUAGCUUGACGCCACUGAUCUUGGCAGCCAAAGAAGCAAUGAAGAGUAACCGCUAACAUUACUGCCACGGCCUUCAUCCUUCUGUUUUUUAUUUGUUUGUAUUUUACAAAUCUUUAUAAUAUAUGAAAUUGUUACACUUCUGGGGGGAGGGAAGGGGCUUGGGGAGCGCCGGGGGGUGGGGGUGGGAAACCUCUGCGAAAGGGAAGAAACUCUCGUCCAGAAGACACCCAAAAUAAACGGUGGUGACUCUAGUGAUCCCUGGCUGGGGUCCAGAAGGAACUGAGGACUGAAUCACUGGCCUUUUUAUUGUUUUUUCCCCUUUCAGCCAGCCCAAAAACGCCACUGACCAUGCCCAGAGUGUAAAGGGUGUUUAACGACUUCGCUGUAGCAGCUCCUGUUCGUUGUGCCCUUCUGGGUACUUCCGAUACUUGAACAACAGAUUCAAGCUUUCAGAGAGCAGUACUAAUCUUACCUGCUGAUCUCUUUCACUCUCCUCUUCCUCUCCUCUCCCUGUUGACUUUUGAACCCCUCUAGUGAGCUCCCAUAUGACUAGAUUCACGGCAAGUGUGACAUGUGAAGGUACCUCUUGCCCCUGGUUCCUGUUACAGAUUAGCUGCAGCUGUACUGUAGAAAUGACAACUUGGCUACUUAAGAAAUUGCAGUGUUUCGAGGUUUGUUUUGCUUUCCAAGGCAAAUAAUGGUGAGAGGAGGAAGAGAAGUGUUCAACUGUGUCUCGUAUGCCUGUGCUCUGCGGACUUUUAAUCGAGGAUGUGGCCCCUUCGUGGAAACUGAGUGAUGGGUCGAGCCUUUGGAUGUCGGUUUAUGGAUGUGUAGCUGGGGGGUCAGAUGCUUUAUUUAUGAUCAAAUGAUCAGCUAUAGUCAGGGCAAGAAAAAAAAUUCCAGCUGUCUUCCUGUCUGCUCUGUUUUUUUCCCAUUAGACUUGCUGGCCAGAAGCUGAAGGGAUCAUGUGCUUGGUGUAGUGAGUGGUUCACAAACGUGUCUCUGUGCUCUGACUCGGGCUUUGGGAGUUAUGCUGGUGCCUUUGACUUUUUUAUGUUACAUUUCCCUUCUUUGUAUCAAAUACAUUUCUGUAUAUGUUGUAAUUUUUCCCCCCCUCAAGCAAAUGAUGCAUCAACCUACGGAGUUGUCAGAGUUUAAGUAUUAGAGCUAUUUUCCCCCCACCCCAGUUUUUGUAUGUGCUCCAUUUGUACUAACGAGGUCAGAAGAACAAAUAAUCAGAUCUGAGGACACCUGAGAUGCAGGAUUCAGAACCACACCAUUCAGUCAGAAGCUUGUGAACACCUGGAAGUGCCCAAGGGCUGCUCAGAGGAGGCUGCUGCGAGGGGAGAGCGGCGCUGCCGGGCCCGACGGGACUGCCUGACGUCACACCCACUGUGCACAUCCUACCAGCUGCAGUGGCUGAGGGCAAACAGGGCAAGGGCUUCCCUCCCAAGGACAGUGAGCAGCUCCAGUCCCUGAGCCCUUGGGGUGUUACCAGGGGCAGGCAUGGGAGAGCCUGGGCUCCUGGUUACCUCCCGCUGCAGCCUGGGCAGUUCCCCAGCGGCUUCUCCAGGAGCCACCUCUAGGAAUGAUGUGCCAAAUGAUUCUGUGAAAGAGCAGCCUCGACUUGGGCAGGAUUUUGUUGUGUUCCCAGCGGGGCAGGGCCUGGGACAGACAGGACCCUGAGUAAAGACAUUUUGCACACCUCUACAAGCAUUGAAGCAGACAGAGGUCGCUUUGGGCUGAUGGCAGUGUUUGCAUAGCGACAGAGGUAGCUGUGUUGUGGGGACUGGUAGCCUGAGGUAUGACAGAGCCCACUCCAGCUCAGAGCCAGUGGCCAGAGCAGAGGAGGCUGCUGUGUUUGCUGGUGGAGGGGAAGGAUCUCGCAGCACCUACUGCUGUGAGCUUCUGGCAGCUGAGCCAGGACCGCUGAGAGGCCUCGUUGUGCAGGGCUCAGCUCGUGUGCCACACGCCGGGCAAAGCACAGCAACUGCUCCGUCACAGGAGCCAGUCCCUCUGGCCACAAGUGCCAGAACAGAUGCAGUUUUAAAUGCAAGGAAGUGCCUCACUCCAGGCAAGGAAAUCUGGCUGUGUUCCCCAGGCAGGAUGUGUUCUGAGCCACUGGGCACUGUGCACGGGUGCCUGUGGCUCCCUGGGCAGCAGCGAGGAGCUGGACUGAGGGACAAACCCACUGUGCCAAUGGUUCCCUCUUUGUCCGUUGCUGGCAAUGGACUUGGUGAAACCCCUUGUGCCAGAGUUAAGCUGGGAGCUUUGCUUCUCUCUGGUUUUAAUCCCUGAUGGCAAAAUCUAGGCAGUAAGAUACCUUGUGACCAAUGCAGGGUUUUUUAAAGUAGAAAGGCAAGAAAUCAUAAGGAAUUUUAACUUAUUCACUUCUCUUGAUGCACGAGAAUGGACAAAUUCUGUAACACACCUUUUCAACCCAUUCAGUCUGCCCAGAAGCUGAUCUCCAAGCUUCCUUCCAUUCCAGCACACAAAACCUGUCCCAGCCUGGGGCUUAGCAGAACGUACCUGGGCGCUGGCAGUGUGAGCUGGAAAGGUGCUGAGCUCUGAAGCGUGCCCAUCGCCCCUUCCCCCACCACAGCCCUGCUGCUGCCUCAGGAGGCUUCUCGCUGCCAGGAGCCAGGGCAGAGCUGGAGCUGGCAGGAGCAGGGAGCCAGGAGAAGGUUGCUGUGCUGUGCUUUUGUGUCUUAGUGGGUCAGGCAUUGCUUUUCUAGCGACAUCAGCUGGACAUGUCUGCAAGAGGAUAAGCACAGUGGGCUUGGUUUGUUUUUCCCAGAGCAGAUGAGUGUCCUUAAGGGUUGCUGCGGGGCUGUCGGCCUCUGCUGUGACUCAGGUAGCCAGGGCUCGAGCGGAUGGUGGUAGGGGAGGGUGGUGUUUGGAAGUGCUGGGCUUGCCAAGCUCCCUGGUGCUGAGGCACACGUGAGGCGUGUGAAGUGCAGCCCUGCGCUGCCCUGGGCCCUCCUGGGCAGCCUGGGGCUCUCCUCACUGUGGAAUACACCAGGCUUCCCACUGAAGGCAUCCAUGGGGCUGGGAAUGUGCCCUCUGAGCUGCCGUGGGGGUUGAUGAGACCAUCGCAGGCCGGCCCCAGGCUGCAGGGCACUGUGCCAGAUGGGUGCUGGGUGGGCUCAGAGGGAGCAAGGAGCUGCUUCAGGGUGUCUGCAGCUGGAGUGAAUCAAUACAUGUGUCUGCUCUGGUUGUGCCUCCACUCCUCACGCUGUCAGUGGAGAUGGAAGCAGGUGCAAGCUUUCUCUUUAUUUUUUUAACUGUCUCCAGAUUUUAAUGUUGCCUUUUGUGUAAUUUAAUCCCAUCAUGUUAUUUAAUUGUUACUGCAAUAUUAACUACUGUAUUUGUUGACUUUUGUUUAAUAACUGUUCUUUCAGGGCUAGAAAUAAACUUUUAAAAACCA